UACAUACAUACAUACAUACAUACUUAUGUAGUAGUCAAUGAGUAAGUAGAGGGUACAUGCCUUGUCACUAAAUAUAGGCCCAAGGAGAGUGUCGCGCAUGACUAAGGUGGUGUACCCCACCCCCACGCAUCGGCCUGGGCAGAAGCAGCUCUUGAUGACAAGCACUGGCCCGUGGUCAUUAAUAAUAUGACAAUGAGUUGGUCAUAUAAGCUUUUUCCACAACCUGGCUAGUUGAGAACCCCGAAUUGCCGAGAAUGAAGAGGAGGGCGGCCUUGGAAAUGCUGCGCCUUGCAAACUCUUCAUUCAUCCAAGUUGUGAUGGCAUCCCUCUUUUUAAGUACUUAGGUAGUUAGGUACCUGGUUAGCGACCUUACAGUUACCUACAGUUAGACUUGACCUGCGCAAGUUACCUAAAUCCUCCCUCUACCUCUCCAUAAAGCAACAUCCCUAAGGAUUCUUACAUAGUACACGCCCGACCACCGGGUCUUACUUGCUUACAUACCCUACUGAACACAACUUCUGCCUUGGACUGCACGUGUACACAACUCAAUUCACAGUCUUUUCACUUCACAGACUGCCCGCAGCCCUCCCAUUGAUCGAUUACCUCAUCCUGCCUCUACACACCCCGGCGGCGCAAUGACGCCUGGAUCCGACGAUAGAAACGCCAGUGGUAGUGGUAGUGGCGGUGGGAUUGGCAGUGGGAUUGGAGGUGGAGGAGCCGAGGUCGACAGACCACAGCACAGAGACACGCCCGAUCUUCCCUCGUUCUACUCACCAUGCUCGCAACCCGUUCGAGACACCAGCGCCCACCAUGCUGUACGAGAGCCCUUUUCCCUGUCGCCCGCCGCGCCCGCCUCGCCCUCUUCGCCCUCUUCGCCACCAACUCUCGGAGUGCCAUCCGUGACACUGAACGCCCUCGGCUCGAGCGACGCUGCCCUCCUGCCGCCGUCCCUCCUAUCGCCCGCCUUCACACCUCCCGCCACCCCCGGCACUACCACACCCCGCAGCGAGCAGCCCCGCAGCGUCCCUGUCGACUCGUCCAUACCGUCCGGCGGCUGCGGCACCAAGAAACCCCGCCUCCUUGAGACCCUGCCCGACGUGCGAUGCGUCGUGCGCGCACGCAUACCCACCACCGGCGGCACCGAGAUGUUCCUCCACCUCUACACAAACGACGUCGACAACAAGGAACAUCUGGCUAUCGUCUUCGGGCCACAUAUCCGGAGCACAUCGCUCGACGAGCCGAGAGAAGGAGAGACAGAGAUGGAUCGCAUGGUGCGAGGCGCCUACACGGGACGCCUAUACCCCGGCAGGACACAGAGCGGCAUGAUAGGCGGCCCCGUGAGCCCGCCAGAUUCCGACGGUAGCAGCAGCAGCAACGACCCGCCCCUCGUGCGCAUACAUUCGGAAUGCUACACGGGCGAGACAGCCUGGUCUGCGCGCUGUGAUUGUGGCGAGCAGCUGGACGAGGCGGCGCGGCUCAUGUCCCUGCCCAGCGCCAAGUCAGGUGGCAUCAUCAUCUACCUGCGUCAAGAAGGCCGCGGCAUCGGCCUCGGCGAGAAGCUGAAGGCGUAUAAUCUCCAAGAUCUCGGCUCCGACACGGUCGAGGCGAAUUUGCUGUUACGACACCCUGCUGAUGCCCGUAGUUACGGCCUUGCAACGGCUAUGCUGCUUGAUCUGGGCCAGAAGGAUGUGAGGCUCCUGACGAAUAAUCCGGAUAAGAUUCGCGCUGUCGAGGGGCCGAAUCGCGAGAUCCGCGUCACGGAACGCGUGGCUAUGGUGCCGCUGAGCUGGAAGGGGAAGGGGGGCUUCAGGAGUCGGGAGGUGGAGGGGUAUUUGAAGACCAAGAUCGAAAAGAUGGGCCAUAUGCUGGAUAUGGGUGGUCUCUAAGGAGAAAAAAAAAAGAUGAGAUUACAAUAUUACAAUCAUCAAUGUAGAUAUAGAUAUAUAUGCAUCAUGUGUAGAUUACAUGCGUCUUUUUUUCCUUACUUAUGCAAGUACUAGGUAACUAGGAACACAUACUUUAUUUUGUCACUCGUUUUGUCACGUCAUGUCAUGUCAUAACGAGGUCGAACCAUAUAGAAGUGGCGUUUUGGGCAUGGGGGAGUAAGUAGGAUCAAAAAUUCUCCAAGAAAAGAAGCGGAAGAAAUGCCUACGGAAUAGCGAAAUAAUUCAUUCUCAAGCCUUUUCUUUGGCAUUUCAUGCAAUGUGAUGAAGUGUAUACUUGUAUGAAUCCAUAUAUG